CUUCAACGACUAAUUUCAAGAUAUCAAAGAUCAUGCGACGAUGAUUCCGGUAGAUUUUACAGAUUACGCGUUGUAGUUUUCGGAAAAUAUAACGUAGAGACUAAUAUUUAAACUAUUGCUGUGCCCAUAUGAAAUAUACAAAAUGAAUGUGAUACCGUGUUGGAUAUUAAUUAGUGUACUAGAAUUAGUAUCAGCAGAAUGGAAUACAAAAGACUAUAUGAAACGAGAACAUUCUUUGAUCAGACCAUAUCAAGGAUCUGGAAUGACAAUACCCUACUGGGAUUUUACGGGUAGUACAAUGGUGACAAAUAACUAUAUAAGAUUAACUCCAGACUUACAGAGUAAACAGGGUGCCAUAUGGAACUCAGUCCCAUGUCAUGUAAGAAAUUGGGAGCUCCAAGUUCAUUUUAAAGUUCAUGGAAAAGGAAAAGAUUUGUUCGGCGAUGGUUUUGUUAUUUGGUAUGCAAGAGAAAGAAUGAAAACAGGUCCUGUCUUUGGAAAUCAAGAUUAUUUCCAAGGAUUAGCCAUAAUUUUAGAUACAUAUAGUAAUCACAAUGGUCCACAUAAUCACCAGCAUCCUUACAUUUCUGCCAUGGUCAAUAAUGGUUCUUUGCAUUAUGAUCACGAUCGUGAUGGAACGCAUACACAAAUUGCAGGUUGUGAAGCAAACUUUAGAAAUUUAGAAUAUGAUACGCAUAUUGGUGUGAGAUAUGAAAGAGAUACAUUGACUGUUUCCACAGAUUUUUCAAACAAAGCUGCGUGGAAGGAAUGCUUUUCUGUAAAAGACAUAAAGCUGCCUACAGGAUAUUUUAUUGGAAUUUCGGCAACAACAGGAGAUUUAUCUGAUAAUCAUGAUAUACUAUCUAUUCGUUUAUUUGAAUUAGAUUUACCAGAUGAUAACAUGUAGAUGACCCAAAACAAUCUGCAUUUAGUAGAAUAAUAUUUUUCUUUUUAAUGCUUAUAGCAGCGCUUGCAUUAAUCGCCUGUGUGGUAAUAGGUAUUAUGUGGUAUCAGAAACAUCAAGAAAAUAGCAGGAAACGAUUUUAUUAAAUUAUGGUGCUUUAUGAAUUACUCCAUUUUUAAAUCUUUCGUUUCUAUUGAAUAUUCUUUCUUUGAAAAAUAAGGUGUAGUCAUAACGUGUUCAUAAGACUGUUUCCCUUAAUGUUAGAGUAACAAAUAUCCAUUCACGAUAUCUUGGAUUUUGAGAACGUUGUUCACGAGAUAUUUUGACGAAAAUAUGUCAAGAAAGGAUGAAACUGUCGUAAUAAUGUAUAAAUAAUUGCAGCAAUCAUAAGACGUGUCCAAUUACGCCAUUCACUAUUCUAGUUCGAAUAAUGUUUGUCAUGAAUAAUACAAAGUUCCUUUACCAAAGUUUUUAUAAUCUUAAGUUGCUGCAAAAAAUUUCUUUUAGAAAUAAGUUCAAUAAUUCGUGUAAAAAUUAAACAUACCAAUAUUAUUCCUUAAGUGAAUUUUAGUUUAAAAAAAUGCGAUAAUAACUGCAAUAAAUUUAAGAGAUAAAAUAAAAUAAGUUUUUUGAAGCAACAUUGUAAUUCAUAUUGUUAACGUAAAAUAUCGUAUGUUACAUUACUGAUAGAAAAACGAACUCUAAAAGUAAUCAUCGAUUUCUACAAGAGCAUUUUUUCUCGCUUUGACUUAUCAUUACGUCUGUGAAUUCGAUAUAAUAGAAAUAAUUUUACUGAUAUAGAUUUUAUAUUUAUAUAUAAAGAACAUUAUCAAUGUGGAAUAGUUAUAGUGAUUUCGUGCUGUCGAUUUUAUACAAAAGAUAAAGGGAACCAAAAUCUUGAAAUAAACAAUUGUUAAGAAACAUAAUGUUAUUAUUUGUGAAAAUAAUGUACAUCACUCGUUGCCAAAUACAAAAAUUAAAUACAAAAACUAAAUCGUGUAAAAAAUAUUUACCUUAUAAAAAACAAAAUUGUAAGUAAAAACGAAUAUUUUCUAUUAAAAUGUAUUUCCUAUAAUAAGAUUAUAAGCAAUUGAAGCAAAGCAUUUAAUGACAGUAUUUUUGCUUCUUAAAAUAUAUUUUAUUAUAAAUAAUAGUAUUUAUUUGAACAGAAAACAUCAAGGCACAUCUAUAUUUGUCUUUUGUUUCUGCUAUAAUCUUUUACUAUUGUCCUGAUAUGAUAUAUAGGAUAACUGCCAUUUCUUUUAGACAGUUAUAAGAUUCUUUAAUUGUUUUAAAAUCUAAACACAACAUCAAUUUAACAACAAUCUUUAACUCCUACACGUCAUACAUCUUUACUACUUCUGUAUAUAUCUUUACUACUUCUUCAAGUACAUAUAAUAUUCACAUAGCAUUUACACGAGGAAAGAUAUUUCAAUUAAAUUAAUUUCGAAAUAUCGCCGGGCUUCAUAAAUUUAUGUGAAGAUAUUAAGUCCUAAGAAAUGAAAGAUCAAUAUAGAUACACGCAUCACAUCAUUGUUGUACUACAUAAAUCGUUCUUGAACAUUGACAGAAUUCGUGAUGUGGAUGCGAAUGAUGUGUUUUUCAUUAAAAAUUUAGCAUUUCAAAAACAGUUGUAAUAUUUUACUAUUAAGUUAAAAUAAAAUCGAAAAGAUUCCACCUCUUUCGAUUUUCCGAAAACGGAAUAGAAAAAUAUUAAGCGCAUUUAUUUCUAUUACUGGCAGUAAUACUUACGAAAAUAUAUCGAUCUUAAAAUAUACGUGUAUAAGUGUACUCUCUGACGUAGAUACUUGAUAGAUUUUUAAUGAAAUUCUAAUGCCUGAGGUGUUGGUAACAUCAAAAUGUUUUUCCUUUCAUAGAUAAUAGUUAAAAGUAGUUAAAAAAUAUACUCUUAAAAAUCUAAUGUAACAUUUAAACAAUAAUUUCGAAUUUAAUCAUUAAAAAAAUAAAUAACCCGAAUAUUCUUUCUAUAUAAUUAACUCAUUUUUUUUUCUUUUUUUUUU